GGGCCGUUUUAGCUGAUUCAAAAGGUCGGUAAUUAUCGGAAGCGAUACUCUGAUACUCUGGGUCUCAAAGCGGUCAAAAGUCAAAGUCUCUCCCCAUAAUCCCUAAUCCCUCACCAGAAAAAAAUCCAAUUCCCCGUCCCCCAAAUCAUAAGCCCUAGCCAUAGCAAUUGAAUUGUCCCGGAGAAGGUCGCCAAGAUGGGAAAGAAACAGCACAGCAAAGAUCGAAUGUUCAUAACGAAGACGGAGUGGGCUACCGAGUGGGGCGGCGCUAAAUCCAAAGAAAAUCGUACACCUUUCAAACGCCUUCCCUUCUAUUGCUGCGCCCUUACAUUCACGCCCUUCGAGUUGCCUGUAUGCACGAAGGAUGGCAGCGUCUUCGAUUUAAUGAAUGUAGUUCCCUAUAUAAGAAAGUAUGGGAAGCAUCCGGUUACUGGGGCUCCAUUGAAGCAGGAGGAUCUUAUCAAUCUUACUUUCCACAAGAACUCUGAAGGGGAGUAUCAUUGUCCUGUGCUGAACAAAGUUUUUACCGAGUACACACACAUAGUUGCUGUGAAGACUUCAGGAAAUGUUUUCUGUUAUGAGGCAAUUAAAGAAUUAAACAUCAAGACCAAAAAUUGGAAAGAGCUUCUUACAGAUGAACCUUUCACUAAGGAAGAUAUAAUUACAAUUCAGAAUCCUAAUGCACUUGACAGUAAGGUUACCCGGGAUUUUGAUCAUGUAAAAAAUAGUUUGAAGGUUGAUGAUGAAGAACUAAGGAAAAUGAGUUCAGAUCCAACUUAUAACAUAAAUGUUGCUGGGGAUAUCAAGCAGAUGCUAGCAGAGCUUGGAACUGACAAAGCAAAGCAAGCUGCUCUGCUUGGAGGUGGUGGGGCCAAGGCUCAAAAUGAGAGGGCUGCUGCUCUUACUGCCAUUUUAGCUGCCAGGUCUCGCAUUAAAGAGGAUUCCAAGGCAGAUGCAAAUGGGGAGAGUAAAAGUCAACCUGUGUUUAGUAUUGUAGAUGCUGCAUCUGCUUCAGUACAUGGAAGAAGUGCUGCUGCAGCAAAAGCUGCAUCAAGUGAUAAAACUGCUGCUCGAAUUGCUAUGCACAUGGCUGGAGAGAGGGCACCUGUGAAUGCUAAGAUGGUGAAGAGCCGUUUUACAACUGGUGCUGCUUCACGAUCCUUUACUUCUACCUCCUAUGAUCCUGUUACCAAAAAUGAAUUUGAGUAUGUUAAAGUUGAGAAAAAUCCUAAAAAGAAAGGUUACGUUCAGCUGCAUACAACACAUGGUGAUUUGAACAUUGAGUUGCACUGUGAUAUUACUCCAAGGACAUGUGAGAACUUCCUCACUCUUUGUGAUCAAGGCUAUUACAAUGGAGUGGCCUUCCAUAGAAACAUUCGGAAUUUCAUGAUUCAAGGUGGUGAUCCAACUGGUACUGGGAGAGGAGGUGAAUCUAUCUGGGGGAAGCCUUUCAAUGAUGAACUUAACUCUAAGUUGCUUCACUCAAGGCGAGGUGUUGUUAGUAUGGCCAACAGUGGCCCUCACACAAAUGGUUCGCAGUUUUUCAUUCUAUACAAAUCUGCAAAUCAUUUAAACUUCAAACAUACUGUAUUUGGUGGAGUUGUUGGUGGCUUGACGACACUGUCAGCUAUGGAGAAGGUUCCUGUGGAUGACAAUGACAAACCUCUGGAAGAGAUUAAAAUAAUUAGUGUCACAGUAUUUGUAAAUCCGUACUUGGAACCUGAUGAAGAGGAAGAGAAAGAGAAGAGCAAUGGUGACAAGGCAGCUGAGGAUGAAGAUAAUGAUAAGAUUGGGUCUUGGUAUAGCAAUCCAGGAACAGGAACAGCAGAAUCCGGAGCCGUUGGUAGUGGUGGUGUUGGAAAGUACUUAAAGGCUAGGAACACCCAAAGUGAGUCUGCUACUGCUGAUACCAACAUAACAGCAAUUUCUGUAACAAAGAAAAGGAAAGCCGCUCCUGGAGAAUUUAAAGAUUUUUCUGCUUGGUGAAUGAUGAGGUUUCUUAAUGCGCUUCUAUCCUUUGAAAUGAUACAGCAUGUGCCUUGGAGCUUGGAAGCAAGUGAUGCUCAAAUUUGAAUUUGCCGUUUGUGCAAUACUUGCUCUAACAAAAACCACCUCUGCAAUACUAUGGGAGUAAGAGAUUCAAUGGCAGAAUUCAGAUGCUGGUGGUGGUAGUGACAGUCAGCAUAGUGAAAUUAUAUUUUUCAAGUUGGUGAAAAAGAGGAGUGAAAAACCGUUUCAUAACUUUCCGUUUGUAAUUUAGCCUCUGUAAAAGAUGUUGCAAGGUUGUGACAUUUGAACACUGCCAUUAUUGGUCAUUAGUGUUAAGAUUUUUUUUUUUUAAAUUUUCAAGGUGUUGACCCCAUAAGACGGUUGAUUAGCCCCGUCAAAGCCAUUGCCCGUUUGUUAGGUCAACCUUAAAUUCUUUUGAAUAUUAUUCAAGAGAAAAUUGUAUUGUAGGACAGUUGAUAAAAGUAGAAUAAUGAAUGGGAAACGCAUUUACUAAUAUUUGUAAA